UAAGGAGCAGCAGAAGAACCAUAAAGGUUCUAAGUCGGUGUGGGAGCAGCGCACCAGUGAGCUCCGGCGGCAGACACUGAUGACCAGCAGGGAGGCACUGUACAAUGAGCUGGACCCUGAGGACCGCUGGAAGGUAUCAUACUCCCGCCACAUCCGACCUGAUAUGAAGACUCACCUGGACCGGCCACUUGUGGUGGAUCCUCAAGAAAACCGAAACAACAACACUAACAAGAACCGGCCAGGAGAGGAGCUACUACACAAACAGCCACCAUUCUAUCCUACAGUAGGAGGUGGGGGAAGAGGCGGAGGAUCUGCUCCAGCCCGGACUCUGGAGAGAGGACAAUCCACAGAGUCUCACCAAGGCCGCAGGAAAGCUGAGAACCAUCCUAGCACAGAGGGCACUGAGGUGGGCAUGAGGGAUCCACACCAGAAAAGAGAACAUCGUGGGCAAAGAACUGGACGCUCUCGCCAACACCGUAAGGCUCUAGAUGAAGAAGCUGAGAGUGGUGGAGGAAGCAGGAGGCACCGAAACAAGGGCACAGAGGUAUUGGUGGAAACCGAGCAAGUAGAUGGAGCCGAGCGGAGACAGAGGUGUCACCGACAUGGAGAAAAAGAUGGGCGGAGGGAAAGAGGAGAGCAGAGCAGACACCGCAGGAAGGAGGGCCCUACUCUCUCCACCACUCGUCCCAUUCAGAAGACUCUGUCUAGGCAGGACAGCCAGUAUAGUGAGGAUCUGGACAAUGUGAUGAACAGUAAGCUUGCUACCCAGCCACUGGUUCCUUCAGAUCCCCGCGGGCCAAGCAGCCGCUCCACCCCACAUGCCAGCCUCCUCAGCCUGGUCAGCAGCACCCAGGGUUCCCGCCUCGCUCCCACGGCCACAGAGAGGAGUUUUAUUCUCACCAACCCCGCCUCCACCACCAUUAACCUUGUUCAUCGGGACACCAAGCCAGAUUACAUGGCCAUAGACAUGUCACCCAUGUUCCCUUCUGCCAACGCCAUUCUGCAGGUCAAUAAGAAUGCAAACACAGAGCCGCUGCCCAAGAAGGAGGAUACAAAAGGUGAUGAUGAGGAUGAUGAUAACAAAGAUGAUGGAGGGCCUAAACCUAUGCCCCCUUACAGCUCUAUGUUCAUCCUGUCCACGACUAACCCGUUUCGCAGGUUGUGUCACUAUAUCGUGACUCUGAGGUACUUUGAGAUGUGCAUUCUGCUGGUCAUUGCUAUGAGCAGUAUUGCUCUUGCUGCCGAAGACCCUGUAUGGCCCGACUCCCCCCGGAACAACGUUCUGCGUUAUUUUGACUACGUCUUCACAGGUGUGUUCACCUUUGAGAUGCUUAUAAAGAUGGUGGAUCUCGGUUUGGUACUCCACCAGGGUUCAUAUUUCCGUGACCUAUGGAACAUUUUGGACUUUAUUGUGGUCAGUGGUGCCCUGGUAGCCUUUGCCUUCACAGGAAGCAGUAAGGGGAAGGACAUCAGCACCAUCAAGUCCCUGCGUGUGUUAAGAGUCUUAAGGCCACUAAAAACCAUCAAGCGCCUGCCCAAACUUAAGGCUGUGUUCGACUGCGUGGUGAACUCUCUGAAAAACGUCCUGAACAUCCUUAUCGUCUACAUGCUCUUCAUGUUCAUCUUUGCUGUCGUGGCUGUGCAGCUUUUCAAGGGAAAAUUCUUCUACUGCACUGAUGAGUCCAAAGAAUUUGAACGCGACUGCAGGGGUGAAUACCUGGUGUAUGAGCGAGAUAAUGAAGUGAAGGCCCAGAAACGAGAAUGGAAGAAAUAUGAUUUCCACUAUGACAACGUGCUUUGGGCUUUGCUAACACUCUUCACUGUUUCCACGGGAGAAGGCUGGCCACAGGUUCUGAAACACUCUGUCGAUGCAACUUAUGAGAACCAAGGUCCGAGUCCUGGCUACCGCAUGGAGACGUCCAUCUUUUACGUGGUUUACUUUGUGGUCUUCCCCUUCUUUUUUGUCAACAUCUUUGUUGCUCUGAUCAUCAUUACCUUCCAAGAACAAGGGGACAAGAUGAUGGAGGACUACAGCUUGGAGAAGAAUGAGAGAGCCUGUAUUGACUUCGCCAUCAAUGCCAAGCCUCUGACUCGCCACAUGCCACAGAACAAGCAAACGUUCCAGUACCGAAUGUGGGAGUUUGUGGUGUCGCCACCGUUUGAGUACACCAUCAUGGCUAUGAUCGCCCUCAACACCAUCGUGCUCAUGAUGAAGUAUGACGGAGCUACAGAUGUCUAUGAGAAAAUGUUAGCCAACCUGAACAUUGUCUUCACAUCAUUGUUCUCUUUAGAGUGUGUGUUAAAGAUCAUCGCCUUUGGUGCACUGAAUUAUUUUAAAGAUGCCUGGAACAUCUUUGACUGUGUGACGGUCCUCGGCAGCAUCACUGAUAUUUUAGUCACAGAAUUGGGGAAUAACUUCAUCAAUCUGAGUUUUCUGAGACUCUUCAGGGCUGCCCGUCUUAUUAAGCUCCUCAGGCAGGGUGAAACUAUUCGCAUCCUACUCUGGACUUUUGUUCAGUCUUUUAAGGCCUUGCCAUAUGUGUGCCUACUCAUUGCUAUGCUGUUCUUCAUCUAUGCCAUCAUUGGCAUGCAGCUGUUUGGGAACAUUGCAAUUGAGAAGGACGGAGACAGCUCCAUCAACCAGCAUAACAACUUCAGGACUUUUUUCCAGGCUCUUAUUCUGCUUUUCAGGAGUGCAACAGGAGAGGCGUGGCAUGAUAUCAUGCUGUCAUGUUUGGGAGAGAAGGAGUGUGAUCUCCUCUUUGGGAACAUGGAGCCAGAGUGUGGAAGCGAGUUUGCAUACCUUUACUUUGUCUCCUUCAUCUUCCUCUGUUCCUUCCUGAUGUUGAAUCUCUUUGUGGCUGUUAUAAUGGAUAAUUUUGAGUACCUGACAAGAGAUUCCUCAAUUCUGGGACCUCAUCACCUGGAUGAGUAUGUGAGGAUCUGGGCAGAAUACGACCCUGCAGCCUGCGGGCGCAUUCAUUAUAAGGAUAUGUACAGUUUAUUACGAGUUAUCGACCCCCCACUGGGCUUAGGAAAGAAAUGCCCUCAUAGGGUGGCCUGCAAGAGACUGCUGCGAAUGGAUUUGCCAGUUGCAGAUGACAACACAGUGCACUUCAACUCCACCCUCAUGGCCUUAAUUCGCACUGCUCUGGACAUCAAGAUCGCCAAGGGUGGGGAAGGGGGUGUUGAUAAGCACCAAAUGGAUGCUGAGCUUAGAAAAGAGAUGAUGGCAAUUUGGCCCAAUCUCUCACAGAAGACUCUGGACCUGCUGGUCACACCUCACAAGGCAGCGACAGACCUGACUGUGGGGAAAAUUUAUGCAGCCAUGAUGAUUAUGGAGUAUUAUAGACAGAGCAAAGCCAAGCGCACUCAGGCUCUCCGAGAUGAACAGAAUCGAACGCCAUUAAUGUUUCAGCGCCUGGAGCCACCAUCAUCGACGCAGAAUGCUGGUCAGGGACUCAAUGGCCUUUCUGAACCACAACCAGAUCCUAACAUCCUGGCCGUGGACGGGGGCAUCCCGGAGAGCCAGUCAUGGGUCACGGCCAGAGCUCAGGAGAUGUCUCAGAAAGCAGGCAGCUGGAGCCCAGAAGGCCAGCCAACCGAGGACAUGACUGAGAACCGGUCCCCAUCACAGACGGUAGAGAUGAGAGAGAUGGGGCGGGACGGGUUCUCGGACACGGAGCCCUUCCUGCCAAUGGAAGGCCACAGCAGGGCUGCUUCCAUGCCUCGACUCCCAGCAGACAACCAAACUAUAACAGACAACAGCCCUAUGAAGCGGUCAGCAUCAUCACUUGGCCAUGGCCGUUUGGGGCGGAUGCCACGGGCUGAUGAUUAUGCCAUGGAUCGAGUCAUGCAAGAUGAAGGACCAAGGCAUGGACACCGUCGCAGAGAUCGCAGCCACCGAGCCUCUGAGAGAUCACUCAGCCGCUACACUGAUGCCGACACAGGUCUUGGCACGGAUUUGAGUACCACCACACAGUCGGGUGACAUGCAACCCAAAGAGAAAGAGCGUGAACGUGGCCGUGCCAAAGAGCGGCGCCACCACCACCACCACCAUCACCACCACCAUCACAGCUCAGUGGAGAAAGAGCGUUACACACCUGAGAGAGAGCGAGGAGACUAUGGACACCGGCAGCGCCGCUGGUCCCGGUCACCCAGUGAGGGCCGAGAGUGCCUCACUCACCGACAGGGCAGUAGUUCGGUGAGCGGCAGUCCCGUGCCCUCAACAUCUGGAACAAGCACGCCUCGGCGAGGUCGACGCCAACUGCCCCAGACACCCGCCACCCCACGUCCGCAUGUCACCUACUCACCUGUUGUCCGUAAACCAGUUGGUACACCAUCUUCGGGUCCACAGAGCCGCCUAUCUACCCCAACCCAGAGGCGUUUCUCUCCGCCUGUGCCUGAACCACCUCUACCCCCGCAUCACGGCUCUGGCCGCCGUGCCCGAUGGUGCCCAGGCUCAUCUGAAAGUGCACCAGGCGAUGACUUUUAUGAUUUUGAACAGUGCGAACCACCCGCAUAUGAACCGAACCCAGGACAGGGCAACCCGCACCCAUAUAACCCACCACCACACCCUCAUUCACCUAGGACUGCUCGCCCCCCUGGUGCUCGUCGCAUGCCUAACGGGUACCGUUCCUCCUCACCCUCGCCACAGCGACAUGCACCCCCUCACAGUGCACCUCACAAGCCUCCACAUCCCAGAGGGCCCAGGAAAGGGCUGCAUGAACCCUAUAGUGAGACAGAUGAGGAUGACUGGUGCUAACCUCUGGGAGAGGGGAGGGAGGGAGCAAGGACAUAAGAAAGGAAGAGAUCACACUGGCAGUUGCCGGAAUGAGACAUGAUCAGAGACUAGAUGUUCUGACAUGGGAAGCAGUUUUACCUUGGAUUCUGGAAGCCUCAGAGAAAAUGGAGGAGCUAAGGAAAUAAGGGUAGACUGAAUUUUUUUUUGGUAACAUCACAGAAAUGAGACAUCACUAGAGGCAGGAGAGAGACAGAUCCCUGAGUCUCCCUGACCUAGGGCUAACACCAGGAGGUAUGUUGGUGCUAGGCUUUGGGGAGAAAUGAGAGAGGUGGAGAGGAUCAAAUAUUAGGAUUAGGGAACAUGCCAGCAGUUACUGGAAUAGGACCCAGCUGCAGGCAAUAGUCUCUUGUAGGAAAGGCAGUGAUACCCCUAAGUGUGCAUGUUCCAGAGAAAGCACAGCAGAUGUGUGCUGGGAGGCUCAGGGGAAAAUUGAGGCAUGCUCCCCUUUUCAUUAUGUUCCUUUUUUC